CAAAUAAGGAUUCUUUUUUGAAGAAAAUGAAUGGAACGAACAGAUCGGACGUUGUGGACAUCCAACCCGUAGAGUACCUGAUACCGAUCCCGCUGUAUUAUAUCAUAGGAUCAGGACUUUUGUUUGUCUUUAUAUUUGGAUCCUUUAUGAACUUUACAGGUUUGAUUGUUUUUGCCAAAAACAAGAACCUUCGAUCUCCAACAAAUACAUUUAUAAUCUCCUUGUUGCUUGGCGACUUUGGGAUGAGUAUUUGUAGUUUUAUCUCUAUGACUGCCCAUUUCAAUCGCUUCUUUUUCUGGGGUGACAGCGUCUGUACGUUUGAGGGUUUUUGGAUGUACUUCAUGGGACUUACCAACAUGUACACUCUCAUGGGUAUCUCCUUCGACCGAUACUUUGUCAUAGCCAAGCCUCUCCAAGCAAACAAAAUCACAACGCGAGUCGCUGUUGUAGCCUGCCUUGCCAUCUGGUUUCAAGGGUUCUGUUGGGCAGCGUUUCCAUUUUUGGGUUGGGGAAGCUACACAUAUGAGCCAGCGCGAACUUCCUGUUCUGUGCGAUGGGAUACGAAUGAUAUAGAAUCAGCAAGCUAUAAUAUCUCUAUUUUUAUAUGGAGUUUAUUCUUUCCAUUAAUGUUGAUUUUUUAUUCCUACUACAACGUUUUUAUGACGAUUCGACACGUGGCUAGAAGUGGUGUGUGGGACAUGAGCAGUAGAAUUGCCAGAAGAAAUCUUAGGAUCGAAAAGAAGAUGUUUAGAACAAUAGUAUACAUGUUAUGUUCCUUCAUGGGUUCAUGGACUCCCUAUUCCGUUGUAAGUUUGUGGGCUAUAUUUGGUGAAGCCAAAGACAUUCCACCGUAUUUGAUGACAGUUCCUGCUGUAAUUGCAAAAUCAGCUUGCAUCUGGGACCCGAUAAUCUACGUAGGUACUAACAAGCAGUUCCGCAUGGCGUUCUACAAUACCAUACCAUGUUCAAGUCUCGGCAAAAUGUUGAUCCAGAGGGAGGAACAGAAGGAUAAGGACGCAGAGGCCUCGGACGAUGAGGACGAGGGAGGAAACAAGGUAGAAAAGGCGCAGGUCAAAAAGACGACUCUAGUGGCGCCAGUUGACGAUGAAGCAGGGCAGACGACACAGGUGGAAAACUUCAGUCCGCCAGCAGGACCGUCUGAUAAUCCAUAAAGAUCCCAAGUUAGGUGAAUGUUUCAUCCAAGAUGAGGAGCACUUUCUCCUACCUGAAAAGUCUUAUUGUCAGACACGGUGAAACACACAAGGUUGAAUUUGAUGAACGACUUUUGAGAAACAAGGGUAAUGUUAUAUCAAUUAUGUCCAACAUUAUCGGAUGAUGGUACAAUCGGCUUUAACUUAUCCGAUACAAUCGUGA